ACACCGAAAAAGAUGGCAUUGAUAUCAACAACUAAUUCAUUUAUUAAUAUUAUUGUAGAUGAAGAUGUUUUGCCAUUGGAGACAAAGCAGAAUAUUAAUUACAUGUGGAAGAUGAAAAUCUUUACCCUCAAAAGAAUGCUUUUGGAGAUCCUCGGCGAACCUUACGAUUUUGUC